AUGGCAAAUUUACAAAAGCUCAGAGCAAAAAGGACGAACAUAAAAGGACAGAUCACGCAAUUUGUAAAUUUUGUCAGAGAUCACGCAGAAGAACGUAAAGAACAGUUACCAGACAGGAUAAAAAGAGCAGAAGAUUUGUAUAACACAUACAACGAGGUUCAAUCACAGAUCGCAGAGACAAAAAUAGAAGCCAUGUUAACAAAGGAUCCACCAGCUACAUCGGAAGAAAAACAAGCAUUAGAAGCAGAAAUAGUACGCGAGCAGCAGUCAGUAGAAGAAACCUACUUAAAAUACAUAGCGAUAGCCAGAAAACUGUUAGAACCCGAGCCGGUAAAUCAUGUAGAACACGUAAUGUAUCCGCAAGAACAGGUUAUACAUACAUUAGAAACAACAGAAGAAAAUUACGAAAUAGCAUGGCGGCUUAUAACAGAAAGAUACGAAAACACAAAGUUAAUUAUUAAUACGCAUAUUAAAGAACUUUUUGAUUUACCCGUAGUAACUAAAGGCAGUCAUGUAGCAUUAAGGUCAUUCAUAGACUCGGUUCGUACACACGUUCGCGCACUAGAGGCUUUAAAACAACCGAUUGCACAUUGGGAUACUAUUCUCAUUUAUUUAUUAAGCGACAAAUUAGACUAUAUAACUAGACGCGAUUGGGAAUUAGAAGUAAGUAAGAAAGAACAAAAUAACAUGCCUUCAUUAGAAGCCUUAUUAGAUUUUUUAACAAACAGAGCGCAUACUUUAGAGUUAGUAGAAGGAUCUAAAGGUAAAACAGACAAUGCGAAGUCUACUGGGAAAAAGAUAGGCAAAAGCGUUUACGUUGCAGCGUUAGCACAAUCAGCAUGUGUUUACUGCGAAAGCUCUCAUCAUAUUGCAAAAUGCGAAAAGUUUCAGGAAUUAUCGGCUUCCAAGAAAUGGGAAGAAGUUAAGAAGCGACAGCUCUGCCUUAAUUGUCUACGCAAGGGACAUUACGUACAAGCCUGCACAGCUUCAGCAUGUAAGAUAUGUUCCAAAAAACAUAACACUAUGUUGCAUUCGGAUAAAGAAAAACAGAAUAAAAACAAGAACACAUUAAGCAAAUCAAAAACAGUAAUGACUAGUACAACAGAAUCUGGCAAUAUAGAUUUAAUAAGUGAAUCAAAACAGAGCGCCGAUUCAUCACAAGGGAGCAAGGAUACAGCAGUAGUAGUACACACAACACGACAAGCAGAGUCUAUUGUCUUUAUAGCAACCGCAAAAAUAUACGUAAUAAAUGAAGAAGGUCAAUUGAUAACAUGUAGGGCUAUACUAGAUCCAGGCUCACAAAGCAACAUUAUAACUAAGGAAAUAUCAAGAAAGCUUAAAUUAAAAAGCCAUAAAAUAACUAUACCUAUAAGCGGAAUUAAUCAAACGCAAGUUACGGCCAAGGAAUCAGUAGUCAUACGUAUCAGGUCCAUGCACAGCGAAUUCUCAGCAGAUUUGAAUUGUUUAAUAAUGCCCAAUAUAACAGAAAAGCUACCGCAGGUCAAGGUCAAUACAUGCAAUUGGAACAUUCCAGAGGAUAUAGAGUUGGCUGAUCCAGAAUUUAAUUUGCCAGCACAAAUAGACAUACUCAUAGGCAGUAACGUUUUUUGGAAAAUAAUAUGUCCACAGCAGAAGAUAUUAUCUGAGUCACUACCAAGAUUACAAGAGACCCUGUUAGGAUGGAUCGUAGGUGGAGAACUUGUAAAUUCCAAGCACACAAAACACAAUAGGAUUUGUAAUAUAAUCGCAAUGAAUCUCAGCGAACAAUUAGAAAAGUUCUGGAGUAUGGAAGAACCACCAAUAAAAUCGGAACAAUAUUACACACCUCAAGAACAGAAGGCAGAGGAUUUCUUUAUACGCACUGUGCAAAGAGACGAUAGAGGAAGAUACAUUGUACGAUUACCUCAAGAUGAAACAGUUAAGUUAGGAGAAUCAAAAGACUUAGCAAAAAAAAGAUUCUUAGCUAUGGAAAGGAAACUGAAUCAACAAGCUACUAUGAAAGAAGAUUACAAUAGAUUCAUAAGAGAAUAUGAAGCACUAGGACAUCUGUCACUAAGCGAACAUCAGAAUCUUUCUUUGGAACAUGAACAUUACUAUUUACCACAUCAGCCUGUCAUAAAAGCAACAAGCUAA